GGGCGGAGGUCAGCAUGGCAGCUGCGUUGGCUCGGCUUGGUCUGCGGCCUGUCAAAGAGGUUCGGGUUCAAUUCUGUCCCUUUGAGAAAAACGUGGAACCAACGAGGACCUUCCUCCAGGCGGUGAGCAGUGAGAAGGUCCGCUCCACUAAUCUCAACUGCUCAGUGAUUGCGGACGUGAGGCAUGACGGCUCCGAGCCCUGCAGGGACGUGCUGUUUGGAGACGGGCAUCGCCUAAUUAUGCGCGGCGCUCAUCUCACCGCUCUGGAAAUGCUCACCGCCUUCGCCUCCCACAUCCGGGCCAGGGACGCGGCGGGCAGCGGGGACAAGCCGGGAGCUGAUACUGGUCGCUGACAGCGCCAAAGAGACCAACAAGACGAUUUUAGCGUGGACUAGGACACUUAACCUAAGAAGAGUUUCACUUAAUCAUUCAACUCACUAUCUGGAGGGCCACGGAGCGCAAAAUAAAGUUUAAAACCCUACUACC